UGUUGUGGCUGGGAAAUGCAGGAAAAUGUGUGCCAAAAGCCAGCGUAUAAAUGCGAGAGCUCUUGUCGAAAAGAAAAUAGUCGACUUGCACCAUUUCGCCGCGUCGGUAGCCAACUAGAGAAAAGCCCGCAGACAGCAUUAGAGUCAUCAACAUGUUCACCUGGCGCUUCAAAUUGAUCCUGCUGCUGGCCCAGACGCUGAGCGGUCAGGCGGGCUACAUUGGUGGCGAUGUGGCAGCCGGUGUCCAUUCCCCCGGACUGCUGGGCAACUAUGCGGGCGCCCUGAGUGGCGGCGAGGCAUUGGCCAAACUGGAUCUGGGAUCGGGAGCGAGCGAACUGCAUGCGGAUCACGAGCAGCUGGGCGAACUGGGCGAUCACCUGAGCGAGCACAGCUUUCCGGCGGACUAUGGCAACAGCGAUGCGGGCGUGGAGUAUGCCGAGGCCAGCGAGCUGCAUGCGCACUACGAGCCAGAGCUGGAGCACUACGAGCACCAUGAGCACCAUGCCGAGGAGCCGGUGCCCGGCAUUGAUCACGGCAAGGGCGCCUUCAGCUACAGCACGCUCUAUGAGUUCAAGGAUCGGCAGGAGCACGAACACCACCAGCUGCAGCAUCAGCUGGAGGAGCAGCACAUCCAACAGCAGCAGGAGCUGGAGCAUCAGCACCACCUGUUGGAGCACCAGCUGGACUCUCACUAGGUCCCUCCCUCCGAUAGUCAACGUUUCUACUAGCUAAAUUUUUUUU